AGUCAUGAGAUGAUAAGAAAAUUUACGACACACCUAUUGUCAAAUGAAGAAUGCGUGCAUAUAAUAGUAGUGUAGUAUGAAAAAUAAGUUCGAAGCAUAUUUUUCAAGCUCAAUGUAAACAUAGUUUUCAAAAAGCAGUUUAAGUGUAAUUACUAAACUUAUAGUUUCUAAUACUUCACUUCAAUAAAAAAAAACAUAGGAUAUUUUACUAAAUUAACGCAUGGUUGCGGCCGUACUUAUUCACAUAUGCCUCUUAUUCAUAGUUCGGAAUUAGAGAAUUCGUAAAGAGACUGUUGGUAACAUUGAUGUAUGAGUAUCGUUCUGCCUGUGGUUCUGCUUUGUUUUGCUGAGGAGGAAAAAUGGCAGAUGAGCAAUUUGGUAUUUCUAGAAAUGAAAGGCGCGUAAUAGAAGCAGCUGCUCAACGUAGAGCUGCGUUGCGUCAAGAAUAUUGGAAAUUAAUUUCCGAUCCUCACAGGCAUGCUACGGGACAAGGUGGCACUGUGUUUGACACAGGACUCCAGAGGUUCACAGCCCUGCGUGCCACACAGUACGAUCACUUCAAACCAACUCCCAAGUCAGCUUUCAUGGGCAUGCUUAUUGUGGUUCCCAUCAUUUUGUAUGCAUGGAUAUUAAAGUCACACAGAGACAGCUGGGAAAAGAAGUACCGCACAGGGGAAGUGGCUUACAAGGACAGGCGCUUCAAGUUUGUGUGAUGUUAAGAUUGUAAAUUGGUUGAAUUUUCUUUGCAUACCAUGUACAGUAGUUGAAUUGACAUUGUAAAGGCAGUAUAUUAUUAAAAACUGUUAUUGUGGAA